AUUGCAUUACCAUUGCAAAUCCUGCGAAAUUAAUCAGCCUAUUUUCUAGCCAAUUGGCACGGUAGAAACAAGCAAUAAAGAAACAGCUGUGUUUCACCCGAGCCAUUGGAAAGCUUUCAUCCUGCAUCCGGUUUCCCCGCCAGCCCCUCCCACCUCAUCUUCUCUGUAUUAUAUCAAUUCUUUGUCCGUCAAACGACACCCUCUUUUCCCCAUGCUCUCCCGCUCCCUCCCUACCCUCCCCAUCCAGCCUUUAAAGACUCGAUUCUUCCAACUGGCUCGUUCUCGUUCAUCAGUGUCAUUGUCACCGCUCGGGAAACGGACGAUUCAAACCGUGGUUGCUUCCAACGCCAAAGUGACGACUGCAUCUGCACCGGCGCCUCGCUUGGCUUCGCUUUCUAGACAUUUCUCUUCGACCCCGGCUGCGCGGAGUAGUGGAACCUCGAACUCGGACACAAUGGGUGCUACUGAGAAGUUGAGCUAUGAUUAUAUUGUUCUAGGAGGUGGUAGUGGUGGUAGUGGUAGUGCCCGUCGCGCUGCGGGCUGGUAUGGUAAGAAGACGUUGAUCAUUGAGAGUGGUCGCGCUGGAGGGACUUGUGUUAACGUGGGAUGCGUCCCCAAGAAGAUGUGCUGGAACUUUGCGUCGAUCAACGAAACCAUGGACGUCGGCAGACACUACGGUUACGACAUCCCCAAGGACAUCAAGAUCGACUACACCCACUUCAAGCACGCCCGCGAUGCCUCGAUCCAGCGUCUGAAUGGCAUGUACGAACGCAACUGGAACCGCGAGGGCAUCGACCUCGUCCACGGCCGCGCCCGCUUCGUCGAGCCCAAGACCAUCGAGGUCGUCAACGAAGACGGCUCCAAGGCGCAGUACACUGCCCCGCACAUCCUCAUCGCUACCGGUGGCCGUCCCAACAUUCCCAAGGUCAAGGGUGCGGAGCACGGAAUCAACAGCGACGGGUUCUUCGAGAUUGAGGACCUUCCUCCCAAGUUCGCUGUCGUAGGUGCUGGAUACAUUGCUGUUGAGUUGGCUGGUGUCCUCGGUGCUGUGGGCGUGGACACCCACAUGUUCAUCCGGGGCGAGAACUUCCUGCGCAAGUUCGACCCUAUGAUUCAGCAGACUAUGACGGAUCGGUAUGCUGCUGCUGGUAUCAACGUGCACCGUAACCACGAGGGCUUCAAGGAGGUGCAGCUCGUGCGCGACGGAAAGGGCAAGGAUAAGUUGCUGCGUCUGGUGUGCAUGGAUGACUCUGUGCUCGAGGUCAACGAGCUGCUCUGGGCCGUUGGUCGUGCGCCUGAGGUCGAGGACUUGAACCUCGAUAUUCCCGGUGUGAAGUUGACCGACACUGGCUAUAUCACUGUCGAUGAGUACCAAAACACCUCUGUCGAGGGCGUCUACGCUCUAGGCGAUGUCACCGGACAGGCUGAGUUGACACCUGUCGCCAUCGCCGCCGGCCGCCAACUCGGCUCCCGCCUCUUCGGCCCCCCCGAGCUCAAAUCCUCCAAACUCUCCUACGAAAACAUCCCCUCAGUCGUCUUCUCCCACCCCGAAGUCGGCACCGUCGGCCUCACAGAACCCGAAGCCCGCGCGCGCUUCGGCGACGACAAAGUCAAGGUCUACAAGACCAAGUUCACCGCCAUGUUCUACACCUUACUCCCCGACGAGGAGAAGGCCAAGAACCCCACGCAGAUGAAGAUUGUGUGUGCGGGGCCCGAGGAGAAGGUUGUUGGGUUGCAUAUUUUGGGUCUUGGUGUGGGGGAGAUGUUGCAGGGAUUCGGGGUUGCGGUGAAGAUGGGGGCUACGAAGCAGGAUUUUGAUAGUUGUGUCGCUAUUCAUCCGACUAGUGCGGAGGAGUUGGUUACGUUGCGGUAGCCGUCUCCUUUGUUAGGGGGUUGCAUUUGUUUAUUUAGAUGAGGAUAUAGUGUGUAUAUGAUGAUUGAUUAUACUCAUGAAUGUGUUCAAUUUCAAUCUGAGUAGCAAUAAAUGUGAUGAUAUGAUAGUCGCGAGGGAAGCGAGUGUAACUAUCCCGGGGUAUAAAUAUGUUGAGCUAUGCAAAGGUGAUAAAUCAGACCAAAAAGCGACCGAGAAACUCCAAUCCAUCCGUCCAGUAGUCCAGUGUAAAUCAAAUCCAAAUCGAGAUGCGAUAUCCAAAAAGCAAGUAAACAAAAGAAAAAAAAAAAAAAAAAAAA